CCAGAAACUUUUUGGAAUGAUUCUACAUAUUUGCUCACACCCUGGCCUAGUAAUAUAAAACCUCCCCAUCAUUGCCCUAAAACAAGAACACAAGAUGAGUAGCUUCAGUGUUAACGUAGACAUGUUAGAAACCAACAGGUCCAGCCACAUAGUGCUGUAUCAUCUCCUUUGAUACUUUCUGUUAUAUCCUGUUAUGCAUUCCGGGGCAGUUGACACAGUUUCAUAAAGGAAGGGAUCCUGGUGCCCAUAUGUAUUUUAGAAAGCAACGCAUUGUUUUCUGCAACUGUGUGCUCUCACAGACUCAUUUAUCAGUGACCUUUCAACAUUCCAUAACCUACUCCUGGAAGUGGACCCUGAUUGGCUGCGGCUCUGAAGGCAUUGUUUGAACCGGGCCUCGGGAUUGGUCAGUUGGUGCCCCGUUUGAUGUGUCCAGUGGACCUGUUGAUUCUGCGUUCUCCUGGCCCUAGAGAGGAAUGUCAACACUAUAGGCUUCGUAACCCAGCUGCAGAGGUCUGGCUGAUGCUGGUCUCUGGCAGCCAUCAUGUUCACCAAGAAGAAGAAGUCUCGUAUCCAGAUCUCGGCGCCCUCUAACUUCGAGCACCGCGUGCACACCGACUUCGACGAGCAGGAGCAGAAGUUCGUGGGGUUGCCGCGGCAAUGGCAGUCGCUGAUCGAGGACACGGCAAAGCGGCCCAAGCCCUUCAUCGACGUCACGGUCAUCACCACCGUGGAGCCGAGCAAGACCAUCGUGCGCGGCAGCAAGCUGGGAGUGGACGGCUCGUUGACCUGGCUCCUGGAUGAGUUUGACACCAUGUCGGUGACGCGCUCCAACUCCCUGCGGAGGGACAGCCCCCCCGUGCAGCCACGCAGAGACUCCGGCUCCUCGGUUGGGGGUGGAGGAGGAGGAGGAGGAGGAGGAGGUGGAAGGCAGGAGAACGGAGAUCCACAGCACAGACAAUACCAGCCAGCAGACAGACCCAGACCGGAUCAGCCCAGCGGAGCGGACCCCCGCCAGCCUCCGCGGGCGGUGCGUCCCCCGCAGAGGGAGGACGGGCACCAGGGCCGGCCCCAGCAGCAGCCACGCGGCCAGGAGCCCAGCAGGGCCCCCCGAGACGGGGACAGACCGGUCCCGCCCCCACCCCCACACAGGGACAGGGAGCACCGGAACCCGCCCCAGGACCCGGUGGUCCGCCGGGAGCCGCCCAGCGACCGCAGGCCCAAGUCCAGCUACACGGGGCGGGGGGACGGCAGCCCCCAGUCCCCCCGGGACAAGAGGCCCCUCUCCGGGCCCAGCAUCCGGGCCCCCGUCCUCCCCGUCCUGCCCGUCAGCGAGGGGCCCCUGAAGCCCCUGCAGCCCAGCGCCCGGCCCUUCAACACCUUCCCCCGCACAGACAGCGAGGGGGGCCGUAGCCCCACCGGCCAGCCCGGCCGCCACCCAGACUCCUCCCCCCACAACGGCCCCUCCAGCAGCUCCACCCGCAGCACGGCGGGCGGCCAGCCCCCCAUCAGCCUCCCCCACCACCACGCCUCCCACCCCGGCCUGGGCCCCGACCCCGCCCGCCAGCAGCAGCACCACCACCCCCAGCCUCCGCCACAGCCCCAGCACCCCCACACCCCUCACCCCCCCGUCCCGGCCCCCAGACCGCCGGCCCCCCCGGGCACCCACCCCGCCGGGCCCCCCCCCCCCCAGGGGCGCUCCCCCCAGCGGGAGCCCCAGAGGGUGUCCCACGAGCAGUUCCGAGCGGCCCUGCAGAUGGUGGUGGACCCCGGGGACCCCCGGACCUACCUGGACCACUACAUCAAGAUCGGGGAGGGGUCCACGGGCAUCGUGUGCAUCGCCACGGUGAAGACCACCGGCAAGCUGGUGGCCGUGAAGAAGAUGGACCUGCGGAAGCAGCAGCGCCGCGAGCUGCUCUUCAACGAGGUGGUAAUCAUGAGGGACUACCACCAUGAGAACGUGGUGGAGAUGUACAACAGCUACCUGGUGGGCGACGAGCUCUGGGUCGUCAUGGAGUUCCUGGAGGGAGGGGCACUGACAGACAUAGUGACACACACAAGGAUGAACGAGGAGCAGAUAGCGACGGUGUGUGUGUCGGUGCUCAAGGCGCUGUCCGUCCUCCACGCACAGGGCGUGAUCCACAGAGACAUCAAGAGUGACUCCAUCCUGCUCACCCACGACGGCAGGGUGAAGCUGUCAGACUUCGGCUUCUGUGCCCAGGUGUCUAAAGAGGUCCAGAGGAGGAAGUCUCUGGUGGGAACCCCCUACUGGAUGGCCCCAGAGCUCAUCUCCAGACUGCCCUACGGCCCAGAGGUGGACGUCUGGUCCCUGGGCGUCAUGGUGAUAGAGAUGGUGGACGGCGAGCCGCCCUACUUCAACGAGCCGCCCCUCAAAGCCAUGAAGAUGAUCCGGGACAACCUGCCGCCCAAGCUCAAGAACCUCCACAAGGUCUCUCCUCUCCUCAAGGGCUUCCUGGACCGCCUGCUGGUGCGCGACCCUUCUCAGCGCGGCUCAGCCAAUGAGCUCCUCAAGCACCCCUUCCUCACCAAGGCGGGCCCGCCCUCCUGCAUCGUCCCGCUGAUGAGACAGAACCGCAUGAGAUGAGACGCCGCGGCCUCCCGCCACUAGGGGGCAGCGGGGUCCGAUGGAACACCACACCGGGACGACCUGACUUGAGGCUCUAGCCAAACUGAGGCCAGGAAUCACGUGCUGGGAGGAGCGUCUUGGGGACACGGGGGUGUUGGCAUUCGGAACCACAGAACACUAGAGGAAACAUUCCCUUACCUUGUGUGUGUGCGCGUGUGUGUGUGUGUGUGUGUGUGUGUUGCCAACACUGUUCACGACGUCGCUGUGGUGGAUCCUCUUGGCUGACCCCUCCCUUGUGCUGCCCUCUCCAAUGCCUGCCCCUCUGCCUCGUGUCGGUGUUCUGGACCUCUCAGGGCCGUCUCCCCGCUGCCACCGGCCCCUCACACUGCCUGCCCCCCCCCCCCCCCCCCUCUGGCUGCUGGGCCCCUUGGAUCGGCUCUGACACUUCCACACCUUUUAAUGAGGUGAACUAUUUUGGAAGGUGCGAAAAGAACUACAUUUGCUUUGUAACGUCCCAACGCGGACAUGGCCUGUGUCUGAAGGGGGGACGGACGGACGUUCUCUUGCACCCGUCAUACGCCCCGGAGCUGUCGGACCGGCCCAAAUAGAUUCACGGAGGCACCAACCUUUUUUUUUCCCUUAACUUCCGAACUAUUCUUAUCAUCACUACAAGAACCCUGGAGCGGAGGAGUGAAGACCAGGACUCCAUCUCCAUGACAACUAGAGCUAACUACUGAACGAGGACCGCGUCUGUCCGGGAAAUGAGUCAUACGAACGGUUCUGUAUCCAUGGAAAUGAGUCAUACGAACGGUUCUGUAUCCAUGGAAAUGCAGUUUUUUUUUUAACGGAAACGUAAACACUGGAGUUGUGUUUUUAUUAUUUUUUAAUAGAUAAAGGAACCAUACUAUGUAAGUACGCUGAACAUAGAGAUAUGUGGGUUGUGACGCUGUUUUCAUCAUCUCUAUAUAUAUUUUUUAAUUGCAAAAUGCGUUUUUGUUUUUUUUCUCUUCUGGUUUUAUGCCUCUGUAAGAUGUGAUGGUUUUUGAAGCACUGUUGAGAUAGAAACCCCACUCCCAGUGAGGGUGACGCUCACUCCCAGUGAGGGUGACGCUCACUCCCAGUGAGGGUGACGCUCACUCCCAGUGAGGGGGCACUCGGGGGUCGGAGUAAAGUCCGUACCGGGACCCUGUUGUAUGGUUUUAGAUAGCUGACCUUUAAACGGUUUUAGGAUUUCUGUUAGAAUAUUUAAGAAAAUGUCGUCAAAACCCCAGCGCCGUACGGAGGUAUGUCGGCGGAUGGGGGCACAGAGAAAUCGGGCCGAAUAAACACUACAAUGAUAUGAAAAGUUUGACAUAGCUGAUUUUAAAGAAGAAACAAAUGAGGAAGGCAUUCCUGUUCGUUUUGUAGUUUGGAUUUGGUUUUUAAUGAAAUUAUUUAAAAAAGGUUUGUGAUAUUCACUUUUUCAAUCUUAUUUGUCAUAUCUUUGCUGUACUCUUUUUAUUUUUUAACCCAACAUAUCUGCUGCCCUCUGUUCUUUCCUGACUUGUUUCUGUCUGUGGGUCGCCUCUGGUUUCCAUGGUAGACAGCUGUAGUCCCUGUGAUUGGCGGUUCUGGUGACGUCAGGGGGCCAAACAAAAAUCCCGAAACACAAAAUAACGCGUGGGAGUGAGUGAAGACUUCCAAACGGAUUAUCACUGUUUAGAAAGGAAAAAUCCUGCCUUACUCUGCCCCGCUCCAGACUCAACUUUAGAAAGUGUGUGUGUGUGUGUGUGUGUGUGUGUGUGUGUGUGUGUGUGUGUGUGUGUGUGUGUGUGUGUGUGUGUGUGUGUGUGUGUGUGUGUGUGUGUGUGUGUGUGUGUGUGUGUGUGUGUGUGUGUGUGUGUGUGUGUGUUGGGGGGGCUUUGGUUAACUUGAACUGGUAGCGUGUGUGCGUGCGUGAAUGCAGAAUCCGCACAGGAAACCACCUUCUAUCUCUGGAUGCACACAGAUCAACGGGCCGGCCACUGUGAAUCCCUGACCUGUAUUCACAUGUUGGCCUUGGCCCUUGUUAAUCUAUGUAGCAUUGUGAUCACAAGGUGGGUGAAAUAGUUAAUUUUUGCGCUUUUUAAUAUCAAACGGGACCAGAUGUCUUGGGGGCGUUCGACACCUGGAGAACACUUUGUAUUGGCGUUAGAAGUGGGUCAGAGAGAGGCCUCAACCAGUCAUCCAUCAUCGUUGUAGUGGUCGUGGUGGUGACUCAAUGCCUAACUGUUAUGGUGCCAGUCUGCAGAUAAAGCCAUCUGGGUAGGUUGAGGUAGGAUCACUUGAAUUCGGCAUAAUGUUCCCUAUCCCAAACCUGAAUCAUAUUUUUAUUAUUAUCCUAAGAUGCUUUCCCUGUUGUCUGAUUUCACUGUUUGGGAACUCUCAUCUACUUACCUGCUUCCAAGUUCCCAACCGGUUCUGUUAGAAAGCUGAGUAUGCAGCAGGUUAUAAUCAUUCACUUUUUAUCUUGUCAGAGGACUGCAGAGGUAGAGCUUUUUCCAUGAAGAGGUGAUCAUAAGCUGGAGAUGGUUGGACAGUCAUGAUGAGGUGACCAAAGUCUGGUUAACACGAUUGCCUCCCUCACUGGUAUUUUCAGAUUGAUGGUUCCAUUCCACAGGCGUUUCCCAACUGCAACGGUGCAUCGAUCGCAGCGCUUGGAUGCAAUGGCCUCAAUGAGCAUCAGAUUCACUGAGGAGUGAGCGACUACUCGACCAAUCAAGGCUAGGGUGUUGACUCACUAGUUUGGUUUAUCCUCUAUUCCAAGAAAUACGACUCAUGCCACAGAUCCUCGCCAGCCCGGCUGAGAAUUCCAAUCGAAUGUGCUCACUGUGCUUUAGAAAAUGAACUCAUACCAACUCCUCUGAAAGCUGGGCGUGGAGGAUACUGCUGGGUAGAUGUGAUGCUUAUUAUCCUGCUUUAGAACGGUUGUGUAUCCCUCUCUGAAGAGAGAUUCAGUAAAUUCUUGGGCCUGGUUGAACACUAUCUAACGGGGCAACCACACGCAUAUCGGGACUAGUUGGAGUACUAACAUUAACAAAGAUCGACCAACCCCACGAUCCCCAAACACUAGAAAACAUGCACUAGAAACGCAGAACGCGUGUCGCAACGCGGUGUCUUCUGUAAACCAGAUGCGUGAGCCUUUUGAGUUGUGUUUCUUCAACCAGUAUGGUCAGAAGGUCUGGGGUCCCCUCCAGGCAGGGGCUGUGGUCACCAAAGGGGUCGGAUCACAUGACGGCCACAUGGCGCGUCCCAUGACCGACCUCCCCGACCAGUGCGUGGUUGCGUGGUGUGUUGUGACCGAACCCUCCCCAAGUGCGUGGUGUGUUGUGACCGAACCCUCCCCAAGUGCAUGGUGUGUUGUGAUCGAACCCUCCCAAGUGCGUGGUGUGUUGUCCUGUGACUCCUGUCUGAUCCAACCCGUCUGCAUCUCAGCCUUCCUGUCUGGACUGGUGCUCAUCUCACCAUCGUGAAACACAGAACAGAACCGAUAGGGAAACAGAAGCUAGGGGGGUGGGAGGGGGGGGGGGGGGGCUUGGGCCUGAUGGGUUGUAUGCGUGGGCGGUGUCCCGGGUGUGCUGCCAACAUGGCCGCCCUGCUCCCCCCUCUGAGAGCUGGAGCCAAAUGGCAGAAGGAAAGAAACUGGAAUGACGCUGGGGAACGGGUGACGUCAUGGUUCAGUUCACACUGGUAUCCUGAAAUGGACUCUCGGAUUGUUCUAUAUUUGAAGACGAUUUCGUCACCGAGAGUGUCAUGUUUGAAUAUUAAAUAAAAGCCCUUUAAACCUUGGAAUUUCUACACUGCUUUUCCGAGAAUCCUCAGUGGAAGCUUUUGGAAGGGGAACUUAAAAUAGCCAUCUGUUGAGUCUGCUGUGUGGUGAGAGAUCGUUAUCAUUUUUGAACGGUUUUUAUUUCUGGAUGUUUGACUUUGGAAAUUUGUAGCACUCUAUAAUUUACCCCCCCCCCAAGUGUAUUCUUAAAGGAAUCUACUGACCACGCUUUCAUCUACUGUGGGUGAACAAAACGCUGUCUGUUGAAUGUAUUCUUCAACUACAUAAACCUAAUGUACAUUCUGCAACCAUUCUUAAGAUUUUCUGCGUAAUGAAGGUUUCUAUUCCACCAUUCAUCCAACCUUUUCAAAUCCGACACUACCAACGCAAGCUAAUUUCUUGUUGUACCAGACGCCAUCAAACAAAACACUGAGUAGAAACCUUGUUGACGCAGUGGCCACCUUACACACAUUUUUACCAAUCAGAAAGCACAAUUGUAGACGUCCCUUGAGGUUUUGUAUCUAAGGACACCUUAAGGAAAUGCCGUAGUAACUUUAAAGUGCAUAUCAGAUGAUCAUCACAGAGUUUGUGUACGAUGUAUGGAAUGACUGUGGUCAGCCCACAUGCCUGACGCCUUAGAGCUUCAUAGAAGAACAGAAACUAACACAACUUCCACUACUCUGUGUGUGUUUAUGUGUGUCAGUGUGUUUGUGUAGCUGCACAAUCAAUCCAUGGCCUUAACAGUAGCUACAACAGAAACUUGGAGGAAAACCAAUAGAGGUUCAUCACAAUGAAAAGUGGAGAACCAUCUCUGAUCCUUGGAACGAUUUACCUGUCAAAACGUUCAAGGUGUACCCUGAACCACUUGGAUCUGGGAGUUAGCGCAUCCAGGUGUAGCAUCUUCGCUGGGUUCACUGGUCUAUCUUCUAGCAGUUUACUACAAAGUGCUUCUCCUUUCACUAUUGAUGGUCUGCCUCUUGAGAAACAAAACAGGAAAUGGGCCACUAUUGGAGGCAGAGUUUUUUUCGUCACAUGAUCUUUGAAGAAAAAUGACCACUGGUGACCAAUCAGCCAACUUUACUAUGGAAAGUAUAUAUAUAUGUGGCGGGAAAGAUGAAUUUGCCCCACACAGACUGUUAUGGGUUUGACCCCCGCGCCUCUCGUGUAAUUGUUGUUUGUUUUAAUCUGUUGCAGUAUUGCCAUUUUAAUCAGUUAUUUUCAACCAAACCUGACAUUUUCUGUUCCUGUAUGUUCCUUCCACUGGCGUGAAGAAAAAAAACACUUUGCCGACCUUUUUUUAUUGCGAAUACAGUUUUUGUAAAAGUUGUAAAUUGUAUGUGUUUUUUAUAGCACAUUGUCAUUGUUAAAUGCAUUGAUCUACAACUAAUAAAGAAUAAAAAAAUGCUAUGUUUUGAUUUA